AUGGCUGCCGGUCAGGUGCGAGCUGCCGACGUUGCCCUGCCCCCAGACUCAGGAUUCCUGGGAGGCCGCGGAAAGCAGAGGGGAGACUGGCAACGGCGUCCGGCGCAAAGGAGGAAGCACACAGGCGACGAAUUGAAGGCAUUCUCAGCUCAGACGCAGCCAUUUGGACACUUGAGCGAGAAGGGAAGUUUACGCAGCGAAGCCGAUGGGGUCCCCCUGCGGACGGACGUCGUGUGGGCGCACGCUUGGCCUGGCGUUGUGUGCAAAGGAGUGCAGGUGGUGAAGGGUGGUGGAGGUGCGAGGUGCGGUGCGUGGAGGUCGUGGUCGUGCGAAAUACCGUUAGACUCGCUUGGAUUGGUUAGCGUCUUGGCACUGCUGCUCCCGUUUGGCUCUGGCGCUCGAGGACGUUGCUUCGAUCAUUUCUUCCAGACCUUCUUCUGUUUCACAGCCGUUGUUCUCGUGCUCCCAUCCACAACACCACCCCUUACGCAUGUACACACACAUCACCACGCAGCACCUUCAGAGAAGACACCUGGGCACGAACGGCCAAUCUACAACUGGACCUGCGCCGCAGCCGUACAAAGCCGGGGGUUGACGCGUCCGUGCCAAAUGGCGACUGCAUCCGAUCGAAGACCAAUCAUGGCAGCAACUCGGAUUGGCUCCGCGGCCCAAACCAGACCUCCAUAUCCUAAUCGUUUAACAUGGGAAGGGUGCCACGCCGGCCGAAUUUAA